UCCGGGUUUUAUCAAGCGCCUUCGCCAGCAAGGAUGGUGUCGUCAUACAAUACGAAACAACGUGAAGAAAUGGCACAGACUGGAACAAAACAGAACGAAGUGGAGAAAGACCUUCUAACUGCGUUAGUGAAGCCGCCGGAUGAGAAACAGAAACAAGAGAAGCUAGGUCUGGGCGAUGAGGUCGAGCUGACGCCGAUAGAGAAGCUGAUGGAGGCGGCGGGCACCCGAGGGCGCUUCCAGCGGCGCUUCAACUGGACCUUCAACCUACUGGUCGUCAUCUUCGCCGGCAUGCCCUACGUCAACAUCGUCAUUGCACUCACGGUGCCCGACCACUGGUGCCACGUUCCCGGCAGGGAGGCCACCAACUACACGGAAGACCAGUGGAAGGCCUUGCACAUACCUAGGAGGGCGGACAACAGCUCGUUCGAGCAGUGCCUCAUGUUGAACUCGAGCGGCGGGGAGCCUGUGGCCUGCCAGCAGGGCUGGGACUACGACCGCACGUGGUUCUCGAGCACGGCGCCCUCGCAGGAGGACUGGGUGUGCGACCACCGGCUGCGCGCCGUCAACGUGCUUUCCUUCGGCCAGCUGGGAGAGGUGGUUGGCACCUUCGCCUUCGCUCGCAUGGGCGACCUGUACGGUCGGCGGCCCGCCUUCUUCCUGUCGGCGGUGUCUUCCGCUGUGACGCACUGCCUGAUGGCGUUCACGGCGUCCAUCUACCCGCUCUUCUUCGCAGUCUCUCUGCUCGCCAGCGCCACCAAUGCCGCCACCUUCCAGGCACCUCUCGUGUUCAGCUUGGAGGUGAGCGACGAAGAGACUAAAGGCUUCGUCGCAAUGCUGCAGUGCGUUGGCUGGACCCUUGGGAUGAUGGGCAUGCCCAUGAUAGCGUGGGCGUGUCGUGACUGGGUGCCCUUCAUGAUUAUUACAUCUGCUCCUUUGGGCUUCGCGAUACUACUCUGGAAGUGGUUCCCGGAGUCUCCGCGGUGGCUGGCGUCUCAGGGCGAGGCAGAUCGCUGCCUGGCGUCGCUGCGAGAGAUCGCGCGUGUCAACGGCCGCACCCUGCCGCCGGCGACUCUGCAGAACCUCCGGGAGGCCGCCGGACACAAGGAGAAGGGAGUCGGCGUCUCCAGCCUCUUCUCCAGCUGGACACUCUUCCGCAACGUGAUGCUGCUCUCAGUCUGCAGGAUGAUAUUCUCGCUGGCGUACUACAGCGUCAUCCUGAAUGUGACUAACCUGGGCGGCAACCCGUUCCUCAACUGGUCAGUGCAAUCGCUGGCAGAGUUGCCGGGCUACGUGGCCGCCCGCUUCCUCGCCGACCGCUUAGGCCGCCGCUGGACUCUCGUCGGCUCGGUUGUCGGGGCCUCCGUCGGGAAUUACAUCGCGGCCUCCAUUGUCGCAGAGCACGGCUCGUCGCCGGUGAUGACGGUGCUGUCGGUGGGGAUCCGGCUGUGCCUGGUGCUGGUGAACUACACCGCCUACCUGCAGGCCAACGAGAUGUUCCCCACGUGCGUGCGGCAGACCGGCACCGCCAUCGGCAACAUCGCCGCCUGCAUCCUCGGCGUCCUGGGGCCCUACAUCGUGCACCUCGGCACGUGGGACGCGCGCCUGCCGUUCCUGGUGGUGGGCGGCAUCACGACGCUGGGCGCCGCGCUGGCGUCGUUCCUGCCCGAGACGCUGCACGUGCGCCUGCCCGAGACGCUGCACGAGGCGCGCUCCUUCGGCCGCGACCAGCCCUACUUCAGUUGCCUCGCCCUCCGCCGGCGGCGCCAGCGUCGCUCCCAGCAGCCGCCGCCCCUCUGACGUCACCGCAACGUGUCCUCUCGCCCCGUCACCUCAACCGUGUUGCUACGUCUGACCA